AUGCUGAAUUUGAAAGUGCCCUUUUCUUUAAGCGCCUGCAUUUUGUUGUUCCCCCGGUAUGGUGCCAGAAGGGAGGCACAAUCAAAUGAGGACACACGUGGUGAUUCGUCCCAUUUGUAUAAGUCAUUAGAAGAAAAGCAAUUGAACCAAUGGAAUUGGGAAAAUAUCCCAACGGGCAAACUGUUUGGCGGUAGUGCAAAUGAAGAGAAAAAAAAUGAUGAGAGAACCACCGAAUUAUCCCGUCUUUUCUGUGCUCACAAAGGAGUCUCCUGCGACGGAAACAACCUCCCCAGUGAAAACCUGUGUGCCUUGCGAGAAUAUCAAAAUGCGAAUCGAUGUGGUAGCGCCCAUAAAAGAAAGAUCCAACUGAAUGAUAUCUGUCCUUAUGGCUUCAGCGAUGGUAAUUCCACCCUCCUUUUAUACACAAAUGGAGGAACGAUGAAACAGACAAGCAAAUGGAGUGAACACAAAUUCGAUCAGUUGUUUCUUCUUUUGAGAAAUAUCAUACCCUCUAGAAUGGCACGAAAAGAGAAGAUGACACAAAGAAGGCAUAAAUACUGCAUCACAGUUAGAGGAAGUGAAACAAGUAAAUCCGUUUUUGAAUUUUUGGAGGACGGAAGCAUGAAUCGAAAUGUAGGGACCUAUCAUACAUGGUACAAGGAAGAUACUGAUAGACUGUUUGCUUACCAAGGAGAAGUAAAAAGAAUGAUGAGUGCGGCAAGAAAAAGCCGAAUAUUAAAUGAGGCAUGUACACUGAACUGUGGGACUUAUGGCACAUGCAAAAUGAAUUCAGGACUUCAGUACUGCAAUUGCAAACCGGGUUAUUCAAUGGAUAUAAAAAAUAACUUUAUCUGUAAAGAACACUGUUCAGUGAAUAAUGGGGGGUGCGAUCCGGAUGCGGUGUGCACGCCUCUAGAUCCUCCUGGGGAAAUAACAAAUGGAGUCAUAAAAAACGUCGGUGUUCUUUGCAAAUGUAAAAAUGGAAACACGAAGCAUAUGGGAUAUUACUGCAACUCUGGUUAUUUCACGAGCCUUAAUCUUCUCCUGCUGCUCUUUUUGCUUCUCUACUGGUGUCACUGA